GCCGGGGGAUGCAGCCAUGGCGGGCUGAGGGAGCCGAGCUCAGCAGGAACCGCCGCCGCCGCCGCGAUGUGGCUGAAGCCCGAAGAGGUUCUGCUCAAGAACGCGCUCAAGCUCUGGGUGCUGGAGCGCUCCAACGAGUACUUCGUGCUGCAACGGCGGCGAGGCUAUGGGGAGGAAGGCGGCGGGCUGGCAGGCCUCCUGGUGGGGACGCUGGAUGCCGUCCUGGAUUCCACGUCCAAAGUGGCCCCUUUCCGCAUCCUGCAUCAGACACCUGAUUCCCAAGUAUACUGGUCGAUAGCUUGUGGAUCCAACAGAGAAGAAAUAACCAAGCACUGGGUAUGGCUGGAACAGAACGUCAUGAAGACCCUCUCCGUCUUCGAUUCCAACGAAGACAUCACCAGCUUUGUACAGGGGAAAAUAAGAGGCUUGAUUGCAGAGGAAAGUAAAGGCUCGUUGAGCAAAGAGGAGGAUCCGGAGAAGUUCCGUGAGGCACUCAUGAAGUUUGAGAAGUGCUUUGGGUUACCUGAACCAGAGAAGUUGGUGACUUACUACUCUUGCAGCUACUGGAAGGGCCGAGUGCCUUGCCAGGGCUGGCUGUACCUUAGCACCAACUUUCUUAGUUUUUACUCCUUUCUGCUUGGUGCCGAAAUAAAACUUGUCAUAUCCUGGGAUGAAAUCUCAAAACUGGAAAGGACGUCUAACGUGAUUCUGACAGAGAGCAUCCACGUGUGUUCCCAUGGGGAGGAUCACUACUUUUCCAUGUUUUUGCACAUCAGCGAGACCUUUCUUCUGAUGGAGCAGUUGGCACUGUACACCAUACGGAGGCUCUUUGACAAGGAGACCUUCAAAGGGGACCCUGUCCUCCACGAUCCUUUGCAAAUCACAAAGAGAGGCCUCGAAAGCCGAGCCCGCAGCGAGCAGUUUAAUGCUUUCUUCAGGCUACCCAAAGAGGAAACCCUGAGGGAGGUGCACGAGUGUUUCUUAUGGGUGCCUUUCAACCACUACAACACUCUGGGGAAAAUGUGCAUUUCUGAAAACUACAUCUGUUUUGCCAGCCAGGAUGGUUCCCUGUGCUGCGUAAUCAUCCCUCUGAGAGAGGUAGUAGCAGUUGAGUCAUCUGACCCUGCUAGCAAAGUAGUCAGCAUCAGCACUAAAGGGGCAAAAGCCUUCCGCUUCUCAGAAGUCAGGGAUUUUGAACAUCUGGUGGAGAAGCUCAGGGGCAGAUGUGGUACAGCCUCAAGCCCCCAGCAUGUUGCGAAUGUGGAGGUUGCUGCUAGCCCAAGCCCAGACUCUCUCUUGGACUACUACGAUGGGCAGCCAAUGGCAAGCCACAAGGGCAACAGCAAGACAGUCAGCACGGAAGCACUUAUGACAGUCUUCCACCCUCAGGAUAUGGAGAAUUUGGACUCUAAAAUGCUAAAAGAAAAAAUGAAAGAGCAGUCGUGGAAUAUCCUUUUCAUAGAAUGUGGCCGAGGUGUAAGUACAUUUCGGACAAGGAAGACCCGAGACCUGAUUGUCAGAGGGAUCCCAGAGGUGUUGAGAGGAGAACUCUGGCUGCUCUUCUCAGGCGCUGUGAAUGACAUGGCUACCAACCCUGGUUAUUAUACUGAGCUGGUCGAGAAAUCCAUGGGAACGUGUACGUUGGCGACAGAUGAAAUUGAACGGGAUCUGUGUCGCUCCUUGCCUGAACACCCGGCCUUCCAAAGCGACACUGGCAUUUCUGCCCUGAGGAGGGUGCUCACAGCCUACGCCUACAGGAAUCCCAAGAUCGGAUAUUGUCAGGCAAUGAAUAUUUUGACUUCGGUGCUGCUGCUUUACUCCAAAGAAGAGGAAGCAUUCUGGCUUUUGGUUGCUGUGUGCGAAAGAAUGUUACCUGAUUAUUUCAACCGCCGAAUCAUUGGUGCCUUGGUCGACCAAGGGGUGUUUGAGGAGCUCAUCAGGGAUCACCUGCCCCAGCUGACGGAGCACAUGACAGACAUGACCUUCUUCUCAUCGGUCUCCCUUUCCUGGUUCCUCACUCUGUUCAUCAGCGUGCUGCCCAUCGAGAGCGCCGUCAACGUGGUCGACUGUUUCUUCUACGAUGGGAUAAAGGCCAUCUUGCAGCUGGGCCUGGCGGUGCUGGACUACAACAUGGACAGGCUGCUGACCUGUAAGGAUGAUGCAGAGGCCGUGAUGGUUCUCAGCAGGUUUUUUGACAGCAUCACCAACAAGGACAGUCCGCUGCCUCCAGCGGUGCAGCAGGCUUCUGGGACCAGCGAAGCAAAGAGCCAGCACCCCAGAGUGGACAUCACUGACCUCAUCCGUGAGUCAAAUGAGAAAUAUGGCGACAUUUGCUUUGAGGAGGUAGAGAGCAUGCGCCACCGGAACCGGUUGUACGUCAUCCAGACCCUGGAAGCCACAACCAAGCAAAAUGUGCUGCGUGUUGUCUCUCAGGAUGUGAAAAUCAGUCCCAGUGACCUGGAAGAUCUGUAUGAGUUAUUUAAGAAGGAACACUUUUUCUCUUGCUACUGGAACAUGAACGGCCCGGCCCUGAAGCACCAUGACCCCAGCCUACCCUACUUGGACCAGUAUCGCAUUGACUGCCAACAGUUCCGCCUCCUCCACCAUCUCCUGAGCCCCUGGGCCCGUUGUGCAAACAAUGACUCCCUCGCCCUUUGGACAUUCCGGUUGCUGGACGAAAAUUUAGAUGGCCUUAUAAACUUUAAAGAAUUUGCCUGCAUUCUUGAUGCUAUGUAUUAUGGAAGUUUUACCCAUAAGCUCAAGCUUCUCUUCAAGCUCCACAUACCUCCUGCUUUCACUGAAGUGGAGUCCCUAAGCCCUUCCAAAGGUGCUCAGCUCUCGAAAGAAGAGUUGAUCCACUUCAGUCUGUUAAAGGUUUCCUCACCUGGGGACAGUGAGGAUGACGAUGCUUUGAAGAGGAGCCCAGACAAAGGGAAAGGAAAACUUGACAUCCAGGCUUAUUUGAAGCAAUGGCAAGAUGAACUCCUUAAAAAAGAAGAAAAUGUUAAGGAUUUGCCACGAAUGAAUCAGUCCCAAUUCAUUCAGUUUUCAAAGACUUUGUAUAACUUGUUCCAUGGGGAUCCAGAAGAGGAGCUGCUCUACCGUGCUAUCGCCACUGUGACCAGUCUCUUGCUGAAGAUGGAAGAGGUUGGCAGGAAACUCCACAGCCCCCUGGGGCUGCCCAAAAGAACGGCCCCUUCCACAGCUAGUGUCGGCGCAGAAAAUGGCAAUGAGCCACCAGAGAUGAGUCCAACCCAACAGACUGAUGGUGCAAUUCCUCCCAUCCCCAGCAAAGACGGCGAAUGGUCGUUUGCUUUCGAACAGAUACUGGCUUCUUUACUCAACGAACCUGCUCUAGUGAGAUUUUUCGAGAAACCAGUCGAUGUCAGAGCCUUGUUAGAAAACGCAAAAGCUGCUCAGUUAAAAGCGAGAGCGCGGGUAUAGCACUUAAUGUGGGGUAUGUCUCUCUCCUAUUUUACUUAGAACAGAGGGACUCAGGGCUUGGCGUUGUGUGUGAGCUCAAUGUAUUGAGUUUGUUGGGAGCUUAGGGGUCAAGGAUUUAGCUCGAUCCCACAUGUGCCUAGGGUGUUUUGUGUCUUUCUUUUUUUGCAAAGUUAAGUAAAUAUAGCUUGAAGCACAAGCACACCUGACCAUUGCAUACCCAAGCACCCAGGAGACAGACACCAUGUUAGGAGAGAGUGUAUGUUGACUUGGAGGAAGGUCCACAGAAGGUGCCUUCCCAGCAUGUUCCCAAGCCACUCUGAUGAAUGUAAUGUCUGCUGCGUUCCCUUAAAAGUUUACUGGCAUCCACUUGUUCUAUUGUAAGGUUGGUUGCUUUUCAAGAGUCUCACUUCGUAAACUUUUUAAUAUAGGCUUGCUUAAUGCUUUGGCAGAGAGAGCUUUGAUGGUCAUGGUAAACAUGUUUCUGUUAGUGGGGCUGAGUACUUAUUCCGUCUCUCUUUAAAAUUGUGUCUGUUAAAGACAAGUUUAGGAAGGUUGCAGAUUGAGGCUUGGAACUCUGAUAAAUGCCUCCCUCCAUCUGUGGCAUUACUUCUGACCCUGGAUAGUUCUUUGGGGAGGAUGGCAGUUGUGGUUGGGGUUAUUGGGUCGGGGGGGGGCACAAUUUGGCCUGUGUCUAUCUGAGCAAUUUAGCCUUGCUUACCCUCUUCGGGUAACCUGAGUCGGUGCCAUUGUGACUACUUUGACAUCCAUGACUUCUCAAAUCACUCAGGUAAAGAAUGGAUGAAGGACAAGGAGGAGGCAGUCCCUUUAUACAUGAACAUCACCUGGCCUCUAAGGCAGCCAACACUGGCUGGAGAGGGAGCCCUGACAUCCAGGCCACCCUGUUGCUCCUUCCAUACUGGAUGGGGGAAGCUAAAGCUGGAUUUUUGAUGUUCAGCUGCCCCCAGCUGUUUUUGGAGCCCUUGCAUGGGUCUAUAUGACACGGGUGUCUGCGGAUGCAAACGGAAGGUUUUCUAAAGAUUGUUUAAAGGAACAGUGACGCCGCUAGGGAGAAUUGCUUCCUGCUGGUGUCUGUAACUCCUUCACCUGUUUUUUCUAGCAACAUUGAACCCAGUGCCUGGUCCUUGGCAAAUUGUAAAGGACUUUCUAGAACCUUCAUGUUCUGAUUUUAGAGGUUCGUUUUUGUUCAUGUGGCUAAAGAAAUGCCCUCUCACUUAGAUUUAUAUUUAACUUGCUGGACAGUCAGAAUAAACUUAGGUGUUCCUGGGAGGCUUUUCCCAAACAAGUAGAGCUAGUUGUAUUUCCUUCAGUUUAUCAAGUCAUCCUAACUUGAUGGCGGAGGAAACAUUGCUUACAGGAGAAGUGGGAAAUGCAAAUCUUGCUCCAGAUAAUCUCAUAAGCACAUACUGGUUGGAGUAUUUUAUUUUAGUGCUUGAGAUACUUGGCAAGUUCAGCACACUGUAUUUAUUAAAAUGACUCUGGUUUGCAAAAUUUGCAAAAAUCUGAUCUGAAAUGUUUGAGAGUGCCUUGGUAGCGUCUAUACAUGCCAGUCAAUUUUUUUUUUAUCAGGUAUAUGGGAAUUCUGUACUGGUGUUGCGUAAGGACAGUCUUCUUUGCAGAAUUGCCAGCAUCUGUAUACAAUAUGUUUAUUGUACUUUAACCAAUGGGAGAAGGUCCUUAAAAUCACUGUUUAUACAAUGCAGUUUGUUUUCCUCCUAGCAAGGGAAAUAAACAGACUUGACUUAUGCAGAGCCUUGUCUAGCAACAUGGCCAGUGAUAACAUGUAAAAAGUGAAUACUUGCCAGCACUAGGGGUUUCCUGGCAAGCCAAGGAAGUUGCCACCGUUUGUGGAACAGAGCAAGAGGGUCCAGUCCUGUAUAGCAGACAAGCUUGUAGUUGCUUGCAGGAUGGAAUGAGGAAAUAAGCCCAGCCAGGCCUUCCUCUUCUACUUACUAGAUUUUGAUCAAUAAAACUACGCUCUGCACAAGGUUUUUAAACGGGGCGGCUUGUUUUGCAACCAGAUUGCAGUUUCAGAAGUUAUUUUGUGUUGCAAAGAGGUCAGCAGGGAAUGCUGCGAAUGAGCACUGGAAGGCAUAAGUUACCUUUUAAAAAUGGAACAAAGGCUGGCUGCCUUUUUAAUUUUGUUUUGCACUGGGAAAGCGGGCCUUUAGGCUACUUCCUAGCUGCGCAGCUCAUCAUCCGUGUUCUGCGUGAGUGUGGUUUGGCAGUUGGGAGGAGAUGUUGCCUAAGAAAUUCAGGGUGUGACCCUGUCUACCUCUUUAUCUUCUUGAUUUCCCUAAACCUCAAGGAUGAGCAAGCUGAAGCUGGAACUUUCUCCGCUUCCUUAAUGUUCUCCUGGACUUUUCCAAUUAGUUUUUCAGUCCAAGGUGGGGAAUACGUAAUGCAAAGCCACACUCCAGCUUACAAACCAACUUCCUCGGUCUUCUUUUAAUGCUCCUGUAUGAGUUCUGCCUGCUCUACUGUCCUAUGGACAGUAUAUCAGGUGUUCGCUGGGCCUUGUAUUAAUUUACUCAAAUCCAAUUGUUUUCUAAGGCUAACUGCAAUGAGGUAUUGAGGUGUUGAUCGAGGUCUUUCAGGAAGCCCCAGAAGCCCUAAUCCAACCCAUGCACUUCGUAGCAAUUGCUGUGAGUUUGCUUCUGGCUGCCCUUACAAGAAGCAUUAUAUCAGGGAGGUGUUCUACGCAGGGUUUCCGGUCCCUUAGUCAAAAGAAAACUAGUAUUUAGGCUUAGAUGGGAGUCGGUUGGAACUAAUUAAGUCUCUCCUUAUGGGGGUGGGGAGAGAUCUACCUUACCAGGGAGCAGAGCCUUAGAACCCUUCAAGGAAUGGAGUAAAAAUGAUGUUCUGUGAAAGCCUUCUCCCUCUUUUCUUCUUCACCAGUUUUAGAAACCAAGUGCUUGUAAAUUCCUCAACAUUCGUUAUUUUAGGGGAGGCAGGAAGCCUCCAUUUCUGUGCUUUGGAUUGCCAGUGGUUUUUGUUGCUUGUUUUAUGCCUGCUGUUUUUAAGUGGUCAUAGCAAAUACGGUGACAGGAUACUGACCCUGGGCUAGUUUCCCCCUCUGCAAUCCCUGAAGCAUCUUCUUUGCAGCCAAAGGCCACAUUCACGUAGCCAAGGGGCAGAGGGGCACAGGGAAGGUUUGGACCUGCAAUUACUAAGCUAUAAAAAAAUAAGGUCAUCCGGGCACAUAAACUAGCAGAGGGUGGGCAGUAAGAUGGAUGAUUAUUUAUUGAUUAUCACAAGUUAAAGGAGUUGGUUGAGCAUAAAAUUUUCAGAUGUAGAAUCCUUUAAAGCGCUUUCUCAAAUUCCAGGAAAGUGUUGUGAACAGAAGUUUAGGAAAUCAUUCUGUGAAUAUAUAUGCAAUUAUUUCCCCCGCCCCCGCCGAAUUGUGGCAAGUGAUGUCCUUGCUACAAAGCUUGCCUGUUGUAUGGGAAGGAGAACCAGAUGGGCAUGGGAGCUCUUUUGGGUAACAUCUGGCCCCUACAGAGGGUAGGGGGGAAACUAGUCAGGUGACUCAUUUAUAUGAUGAAAACUCACAUUUCUAUUGCCUAUUGCCGCAAUUUGUUGCUCUUGCAGUUAGCAAUGCCUCACAAGGUUUGGAAUUUCUAUGAUACAGCUUGCCAGUAUGGCUGCUGUAGCUUCUUAGGGAAAACAAACAGACAUUUAUUUUCCUCCUUGGACGUCCCUCAUACAAUCAUCUGAUGAAACAUAUAUAUGUGUAUAUACACAAUUGUUCUUUUGGAUUUAGGAGAAGUGCAUAAAUGGUUUAUUAUGGUACAAUUUCCAGAGAAACCUGAUUAUUUUCUCCUUUUUGCUACAAAGGAUAUUUCUGUGCUGGCACUUGGUCUUUUGAGACGAUGCUCUGUAUACAGCAAAUGCACUGUAUGUUGAACUCUAGGUGAUCAAUAAACUCUUGGGGGACGAAUCGGA